AUGGCAGAUGGAUGGGAUGCUGAGAAAAUAUUUGGAAGUACAAUUUCGUACACGUAUGAUGACUUAAUUUGUAUGCCAGGAUAUAUAGAUUUUCCGUUGAGUGAAAUAGAUUUAUCAAACAAUAUGACAAAGGAUAUAUGUUUAAAAACCCCUAUAAUAUCAUCUCCUAUGGAUACAGUAACGGAACAUAAAAUGGCAAUUUCGAUGGCUUUAUGUGGUGGGUUAGGUAUUAUACAUAAUAAUUUGAGUAUAGAAAAUCAGAUUGAAGAAGUAAAAAAAGUAAAAAGAUUUGAAAACGGAUUCAUAUUUGAUCCUUAUACUUUUUCUCCUGAACAUACUGUUGCAGAUGUAUUAACUGUCAAAAAUAAAGUUGGAUAUAAAUCAUAUCCUAUAACAUCUGAUGGGAAGAUAGGUUCUAAAUUAGUGGGUAUAAUUACUGGUGUUGAUUAUUUAUAUUUAGCUAACCAAGAUGCAAAAAUAAAAGAAAUUAUGACAACAGAAAUUGUAACAGGAAAAUAUCCAAUAUCUUUAUCUGAUGCAAAUAAAGUAUUAUGUGAUGAAAAAAAAAGUGUUUUGCCAAUUGUUAAUGAUAAUUAUGAACUUAUAGCAUUAGUAUGUCGUAAUGAUAUGCAUAAAAAUAGAAUCUUUCCUUCUGCAUCUAAAAGAGAAAAUAAACAAUUAAUUGUUGGUGCAUCUAUAUCAACUAAAGAAUCUGAUUUAGAAAAAGUUAAAAAGUUAGCAGAAAAUAUGAUAGAUAUUAUAUGUAUAGAUUCAUCACAAGGUAAUAGUAUAUACCAAAUUGAUAUUAUUAAAAAAAUUAAAUCUGUAUAUCCAGAUAUGCCAAUUAUUGCUGGUAAUGUAGUUACAAGUAAUCAAGCUAAAAAUCUAGUAGAUGCAGGAGCAGAUGUAUUAAGAAUUGGUAUGGGAAGUGGUUCUAUUUGUACUACACAAGAUGUAUGUGCUGUUGGUAGAGCACAAGGAACAGCAGUAUAUCAUGUAAGUAAUUAUGCCCACACUAAAGGUAUCAAAACAAUAGCAGAUGGUGGUAUAAAAAAUUCUGGAAAUAUAGUUAAAGCAUUAUCGUUAGGUGCUGAUUUUGUUAUGCUUGGAAAUUUAUUAGCAGCAACAGAAGAAAGUUGUAGCGAGUAUUAUUUUGAAAACAAUGUAAGAUUAAAAAUUUAUAGAGGUAUGGGUAGUAUGGAAGCAAUGUAUAAUAAACAGUUUAAUUCAAAAAGUAGAUAUUUAGUUGAAGAUAAAAUAUUUGGUACUGUUUAUGAUCCUACAAAUGAUAUAAAAAUAUCACAAGGUGUUUCAGCAAGUUUAGUUGAUAAGGGUUCUGUACUUAAUUUGAUUCCACAUCUAGUUAAAGCAGUUAAACAUGGAUUUCAAAGUAUAGGUGCUAAAAGUAUUCCACAAUUACAUUCAAAAUUAUAUUCUGGUGAUUUGAAAUUUGAUAUAAGAUCAAUUAACAGUAUAAAAGAAGGAAAAGUUAGUGAUAAUCUUAUAUUUAACAGCAAAAAAUAG